AAAGACGGCCCCCCGAGCGUCAGAAGGACUGCAAACGGAGCUGUGUACUGUGAGACGUGGACUUGAGACAGGAAGAGGAACGACAAUUAGACAUCAGCCAACCCACCCAACCUCAACUACACAGCAUGGCUACAGCAAGCAGCUCAGGGCAGAGCGCAUUCGGGCUCGGGAGGAAAAAGAAGAACCCUGGAGUCAUGGAUCAGAUUAGCAAAUUCUUUGGGGGAGACAAAAAGAAGAGGAGCAAGGGGUCGUUCCGGGGUCACCUGGCCUCCUCGCCCCAACAAUCCUCCUCUCGCCGCCGGACCAAUGAAAACGCUGUGGUGCAUUUCUUCAGGAGCAUUGUUUCCUCUCCUCGUCCUAAAUCCAAGUGGAGAGACGUCUUGGGCUUGGCCUCGUCGCCACGUGCCGAGAGCGCAAAGUCGCCGGUCAGGAGACGCAGAGACCAAAGCACACUGUCCAGAAUCUUCAACCUGUGAUGCUCUCACCAGAGAUCAGGAGAAACCAAGUCCCGUCCCCCCCCCAAACGCUGGAGCACCAUCUUCUAAACUCUCCGCCGAGGACCAGACCACAGACCCAAUGCCGACGGGACGAGACGAGGGAGGAGACACAGAUCAGCAGGCGGCGGACUCACAACCUCAAGAAACGUUAACUCACUAACACAAAGCUUUUUGUGAAUCUCUAGACACUGACACGGUGUAAUCUCCACUCUCUGGGGACUGUUAUCUUUAUAAUCCGACUCCUCCUGGAUAUCUUGUCAUUACAAUUUGUUUGUCAGAGGCUUAGCGAAGCUUUAACUUCAAUAUCCGACUGUAAAAAUCACCUCUUUUGAGUUUGUUGUUCUGAUGGUGCCACUGUCUGCUGUUUGGUUUUCUACUCGUCCCCUGUCGUCUGCAUUUUGUACACGAGUGACGUUUUUUUUGUAUCUCGCCGCUUCCUCGGUUCUGCUUGUGCUUGACUGACACGCAUGUCGCAGGGAAAUGCAUUUGAAACUGGAAACCUAAAAGAUAUGUUUUUAUAUAACAGCUUUGUUUGGAGUUAUUAAACAUGUACAGUUUGAUGCUGUCGAAUGAGAAGAAUAAAAAUGCCCUUUUAAAUGCACUGGUAAUAACACAAGUGUAAAUACAACUGGUCCCAUAUCGUAGCUUCAGCAUCUCAUUUAUCAUUAUUAUUAUUGUACGUUAUCUGUUUGCGUCUUAAAUUAAGUUUGAGGUUUUAAUGUUGUUUGUGUUUUAUUUUGAAAGAGGAGGUUUGUUAGAGUCGAUGGUCGGAUCGUAAGUGGCUCAGUGGUUAAAGGCAGAAGCAGCGAGAGGAGCAGGAGGAUGUUGAUUUCACAUGUUCUGAGGUAUAAUGGUCAUUUUCAGUUGUGUUCAUAAUGAAUUGGAUCACUGUUCGUGUUUGUACGCGAUGUGUUUGUGAGUUCGCUCUAACUGUGUCGUCCAAAGCUCUGUAAAGUUGUCUUUUUCUGAGGUUGUUGACAUGCGUCGCUGCUACAGGAGCAGAAAACUGAGUGUUGUGUUUCCACAUUGUGUAAAACUCUUUGGGUUUUAAAAUGUUCAACCUAACUGGAAAUAAACAUCUUUUGUCGUCUCAUA